GAGAGGGAGCAUGAGCAGGGGAGGGGCAGAGAGAGGGACACAGCAUCCAAAGCAGGCUCCAGGCUCCGAGCUGUCAGCACACGGCCAGAUGCGGGGCUUGACCCACAGACGGUGAGAUCAUGACCUGAGCCAAAGUCGGACACUUAACUGACUGAGCUGCCCAGGCCCCCUGUCUUGUACUUUCUGAUACUCUUCUCAACUAUCGACAGUGAGCUGCGGAGACAAAUGGAGGCACCCAUGUGAGAAGAGCAAAAGCUGUUUACUGGACGCAGUUGCAGCCAGGGAGUGGGUCACUGCCUGGCUUGCAGCUACUCGGGUAGCUGCACUUGGCUACAGACGGCCGAGUGGCAGCACUGCCUCCUGGAACAGGGUUCCGGGGCCCGGUGGGCCUGCAGGCUGGGGGAGCAAGGAGCCCUGGUGGUUUUAUGGGGAGCACGUUUGGCCUUUCUAGGAAGUGGGGACAAAUAUUAGGGAAGCCCUCAGUUAUUGAAGUCCUUUCCUUGGGGCGACUGUGACAGAAGUCAUUGGCUUCCUGGCCUGUCACUGGAGAUAGAAGUCUGACUUCCUGGGCUGUGUUAGCCUUAAAAAUAAGUCAGUUAUUUUACCAGCUAAAAUGGGUGUAUUUGGGAAUAACAGAAUAGCAGUUUCAGGUGUGAAAAACAGUAGAAGGAAACACCGUUUCAAAUGGCAUCCGGAGGUGGGCAGGGGAGCUCUCACAGUCACUGCCACUGCAGACCCAACAGGAAGAGAUGCACCUUGCACACAGGUACUACCUAUUAGUGUCCCAGCAGGAGAAAAGAAGGUUUCCUCCUUCCCCGGCAACCGCCCAGCCAAUGAGAGAUGGUUGCAGCCCAGCCAAUGAGAGGCCGUCCCAGCUCAGCCAAUGAGAGAUGGUCACAGCUCAGCCAAUGAGAGGCCUCUAUACUUCGAAUUCCCAGUUUAUUCCAAUAGACUUUGUUUACAAUAGCCCCAUUCCCUAGCCUCUUCUCCCCACCCCCCCUUAAAAAAAAUACCAAUUGAAAUUUUGUUAUUCCCAAAUACGCCCAUCUUUUGCUGGUGAAAUAACUAGCAGGUUUUUUGUUGUUGUUGUUGUUUUUUGUUUGGUUGGUUUUGAGAAAGCGUGUGCAAGCAAGAGAAGGGCAGAGAGAGAGGGACUGUUAGGCUACAUGCCCAGCACAGAGCCUGACUUGGGGGCUCAAUCUCACGAGCGGAGCCAAGAUCAAGAGUCAGACCUUUGGGACGCCUGGGUGGCUUAGUCGGCUGGGCAUCUGACGUCGGGUCUGGUCAUGAUCUCACCGUUCGUGGGUUUGAGCCUCGCGUCAGGCUCUGUGCUGAGAACUCAGAGCCUGCAGCCUGCUUCGGAUUCUGUGUCUCCCGCUCUCUUUGCCUCUCCCCCGCUCACGCACGCUCUCUCAAAAAUAAGUAAACAUUAAAAAAGAGAGACCCUUAACUAGUUGAGCCACCCAGGUGUCCUGGAAGUUUUAUUUUUAAAGUUAACAGGACAAGCAAGCUUUUUCAAAGCCAUAGGCAAAUCCAACGAAGGAGAGUAAGGAGGUAGUUUGGAGGAAAGGAGAAGGAGGAGAAAAGGGGGAGUUCAGGGUGGUGGCUUUCUCAUUGCCUGAGUGGCACGGGUGCUCAGGUCCUUGUGGGGGAGGCAGUGGGCUCAUUUCCCUGCGGGGCCUAUAACUGGCGAUUCUUCCUGGGAUCGGGCAGUGAGUGGUCCUGGCUCCCCCUUCCAGCCUCUCCGUUUUAGUGAGUUUGUCUUUGUUUUCUUAGCUGGUUGCUACAGGGAAGGGUUGGGGUCCUGGAUGGAUCUAGCAACCGCCCUCAGCAUACGGUCUUUCGGAGCAGGGCAGGAUGUUCGCACGAGGGUUGAAGAGGAAGAGCGCGGAGGACGCGGAGGACGCGGACGGGGGCGGGGCGGGCGUUCCGGCCGCCCCCUCCUACACUCUGCAGCGGCAGUCGCUCUUGGACAUGUCCCUCGUCAAGCUCCAGCUGUGCCACAUGCUGGUCGAGCCCAACCUCUGCCGCUCGGUCCUCAUAGCCAACACGGUCCGGCAGAUCCAGGAAGAGAUGACCCAGGACGGGACCUGGCGGGUGGUGGCGCCCCAGGCCGCAGGGCGGGCGCCCCUGGACCGCCUCGUCUCCACGGAGAUCCUGUGCCGCUCGGGGCGGGAGCAGGAGGGCGAGGGAGACGGCCCCCUGCCAGACCCGGCCCCGGGACAGGCCCCGAGGCGCCCGCAGAGCAGCCCCUGGGGACUGGACGGCUCCCGGGAGGGCAGAGGAGGCUUUCAGAAGUCGCUGGAUCACAUAUUUGAAACGCUGGAGAAUAAAACCCCCGGGUCCGUGGAAGAGCUGUUUUCGGACGUGGACAGCUCCUACUACGACCUGGACGCGGUGCUGACCGGCAUGGUGGGCGGCACCCCCUCCGGCCCCGGGCUCCCCGCCUUCGCCCCCGCGGCCGCCGCGCCCCCCAGUUCCACCUGCAGGUCGGAUCUGGGCGAGCUGGAGCACGCGGUGGAGAUCCUGGUGGAGACCUGAGAGGGCAGCCGGGCCCCGGUGGGACUCGUGGCGGAGGGGCCCCUGCGGCCCCCGGAGCGCGUGGCCUGGGCGUCUGCGGGCUCGGCCCCUGGUGUGUCGGCGACGAGGAGAACGUUCCGGAACAGCGUCCCGUUGCCCUGUGCCCUCUGUCCUCCUCCAACGGGUUGGGCGGUUUCCUUCGGGCUAGCCAUCCGAGCCGGCCUGACGCCCACCGUGCCGGCCCCUCUGUCCUCCGUCCGGCCACAUCUCUGUGCAGGGCCCGUCCCCAGCUCGGUGUCCAGCCUUGUGUAAUUUUAGAUAGGUGACAUUUUUUAAAUUAAGUUUUAUAUGUUUGGGGCAAUAUUUUGUCUUAAGAUCUAUUUUUUAAACUUUUUAUACUUUUUUUAGAUUUUGUCAGCUAUUCAAAGUAUAUUUUUCCUAUAAACGUUUUCUGCUGCUACAUUAGGAACCUAUAACCUGAACAGUUGCAGUUGGUGUAUUUCAUCGUUUAAGGUUUAAAUAAGGACUUUGUUUCGGGUGGAACUUCGGGCGACUCCGUGUCGCGCACGUGUGUCAUGAAUUUCCACUUCACGUCGGUGCGAACCUUCUCCGCGUCCUCGCCGGGCGGAGCAGUGCCUCUUAGUCUCCAGUGUCCUUAUCGGCUCCUCUGCGCCGGCUGUGUCUUCGUUAGAAUCACAUGCGGAUUCUGGGGGGUUUAUUUAUGCCUAUUUAUAUGUAAGUGUUGGAGAAGGGCCCAUCCUGUCCACCGGAGAUCUCGGGGCGGGGUCUCAGGCGGUGCCUUCAGAGGAUCCGACCCUCGCAGCCCCUCCCGUGCGGUGUUCCCAGCGCGACUGGGCUUUCCCUGUGCCCCGCCGCUGUCGAGAGUCCCCCGACCGGUGUGAACAUUAAACAAGGGGAACCUCGCUCCAAGGGAGUCAGGAGGCCAGAAGGGGGCUUUCGCGCCGCACCUGCGGACGUCGAGAAUUGCCGGUCACAGACCCUACAGAAGACCCCUCAACGGGAAGGAGUCCGUGCCAGCCCCCACGGGAAAAGAUGCACAUUUGCUCUCCCACCAGAAGCUGACGGCCCGCGACCACUCAGCCAGAGAGAAGCCCUCGUCACCCUGGACCCCGCUUCUCUCCAGUGGACUUUGGUUCAGAGCAGCCCUCCCGGCUCCCUCCUUUCUCCGUAAGUGACGUUCCUCCCGUUGGUUGCUUGGGCUUGCCUGUGGUUCUCCCAGGUCGCAGUUCUGUUAUUCCUGAAUAAACCUAGUUUGCUGGUAAAAUAACCGACGUUUAUUUUAAGGUCGACACUGGCCACACUGGUGUGCACGGAGUCUGCCGCGUGCCGGGUGACACUAGUGCUGGGACAGAACCGUAAGGUUAAGUCCAGAACUAAGGAAGUCUGGACUCCUGCCAUGUAUGGCUUCUCAGUCCCGAGGGCAGUUGAUGGUGGGGUUGGUGGGGCGGUGCCACUUAAGUGGGCUCUGGUGUACCGUGUCUGCACCCCUGAACCUGCCCUGGCCGCGGGGAGUGGCCAGACCUUCUGUAUUGUUUUCACUAGUUUACAAGUAAGACUGCGCUCACCCCGUCCCACCCCUGCCCAGUUGCUGUUUCUCAUGCUUUUUCUUCCUUACCCAGCCCUUAGCCAAAAACGUUUGUUUUCUCUCAUGCGUAGGACCAUUCUUUAAUAUCAGUCGUGUAUACAUCACUUUAUUAAAAAACUAUCCAACAAACAAAAA